AGACGAAGAAAUAAAAGUAGGAAGGGGGGGGGGGGGCCGACAAACGAUAAAUGUCGGACUCUGACUUGUCUGAACCGCCUGGUUGAUGUUGAUAGACGACCCCUGGUCUCUACGCCACACGGACCCCUUCUUGUUUCCGCUACAGAGGGGAAGGGGGGGGUUUGGUUUUUAAUCUCGGGUGCUCUGAAAAGGUAGGGAUAUCGAGACGACAGCAGAAGGGGAGAGGGCGCACGUUGUUUCGAGACCAAAUCUUUGAAUGAGAUGGAAGAUGUGGUGCAUGUGUGCGUGCGUGCGUGCGUGUCUGAUGAGAUUGGCACCCAGGGAUAUCGGACCUGUCUGUCUGUCUGUCUGUCUGUCCAUCUGUCUGCCUGCCGAAGAUCUGUUCAGCUCACUGGUUUUGCACCAUGGUGGCGCGGCGCUUGGGGCUUCUCGUCUAUGCUUGUGCGGGCGGGUGUGGGGUGGAGACGAGGACCUCCGCCCCCCUCUCGUUAGCGUCCCUUUGCGAGGAAGCUCAAUAGCGGACGGAGGCGAUGGCGAGGCACAGUAUUGCAGUGGAGUAGAAGGCUGGGACGGAAGGGUGAGAAAGACGGCGAAGCGGGAGGCAUGUCGUGUGGGUGUGUGUGUGUGUUUUUCCUCUACACUGGCCCCUGAGGCUCCUCUCACCGAAACGAUUCUGUGAUUCUUGCCUGGCUAGACCUCCCCCCCCCGGCCCGCGCCCGGGAACCAGCUGCGCUUCGUGGCGUCGCGGGAUUUGGGGCGUUGUUACUAUCGGGUCCGUGGGUGCGCUGGCAAGAGCAUGGAUGGAGGCAUAUAUUGUUGCCUUU